AUGUCUUCCGAACCCGACAUCAAGAAGAAUGACGAGUUAGAUGUUAACGACAAGCCCAACGAUGUUAUCGAAGGCACCAUCGAAGAUGCGACUGAAUACUCCGACUCCUACUUCCGGAAGUUGCGCUUCAAGAUCGACUUGUUCCUCCUGCCGUUGAUGUGGGUUUGCUAUGGCACCCAACAGGCCGACAAGACAUCUCUCAGCGUGCAGGCGGUAUUCGGCCUUCGCGAAGACACCGGAUUGGUUGGCGAGCAGUUCAACUGGCUGAGCACCAUCUUUUACCUGUCUUACUUGGUGUGCGAGUUUCCCGGUAACUGGCUGAUUCAGAAGAGUCAUACUGGAAAGUUUCUUUCCGUUGUGAUGAUACUAUGGGGCGUCGUGGUUCUCUGCAUUGCGUUUGCAAAGAACUUCGCACACCUCAUGAUUCUUCGCACCGUCCAAGGCGCUUUGGAAUGCACGAUUUCACCAACUUUCAUGCUGAUCACGGGAGCUUGGUAUACCUCGCAAGAGCACACACUGCGGUCUUUGAUCUGGGGAACAUCCAAUGCCGGGAUGAACAUCAUCACCGGCCUGUGCAUGUAUGGGAUCGGAUUGCAUGCACAGAAAGACCCCAAUGGUCUUUGGAAAGGAAUCUCCUUCUUCCUCGGCAGCCUGACCAUUGCAUGCGGAAUCCUUGUGUGGUUCAUUCUCGGUACACCUCGUGAAGUGCGAUGGCUCAAUGAAGAUGAGAAGAAGGCAGCAAUCGCUCGUGUGGUUGCCAACCAAACCGGGUCCGACAAGAACAAACGUUCCGAGUUCAAGUGGGAGCAAGUUUGGAGCACUUUCAAGGAUCCGCAAACCUACUUCUUCUUUUUCGUGACCAUCAUCAACGCCCUACCGAACGGGGCAAAUACCACAUUUUCAAAGUUGAUCUGGAAGUCGUUCGGCUUUUCAAAUUUGGAGACUCUCCUGAAGGGUUCUACUCCUUACUACUGUGUUAGCAUCUGCUGGUUCUUGGUCGUCGGAUACGUCACCCUGAAAAAGCCCAACCUCCGAUUCCUGAUGAUGAUGUUCUCCCUGGUGCCUGCCUUCAGCGGCAUGAUGGCUUUGGCUCUGCUCCCAACCGACUCCAUGAAGUGGACUAGAUGGGGCAUGUACAUCUUGCAAGUAUUCGGAUCGCUGCCUGGUCUUAUGAUAUGGACCUUCUUGCCGUCCAACGUCGCCGGCAGAACGAAAAAGACCGUCACAUCAACGAUUCUGUUUGUCGCUUAUUGUGUUGGCAACGCUGUGGGAGCUCAGAUGUUCGUGGCCUCAGACGCACCCAAGUACAUUAGGGGCCUUACUGCUUGUGCUGUUCUGUAUUGUGUUGAGUUCUGCAGCAUGGGGGCAUGGCGGUUCUACUACAUCUGGGAGAACCGAAGACGCGCGAAGGUCAUUCGUGAACAAGGCAUCUCUGAGGAAGAAAGUGAGCGACUUGGCAAGCUAAAUGCUGAAGCUGAUAUGACCGAUCGGGAGAACAUUCAUUUUAAGUACAAGUACUAG